AUGGCAACGGGUAUAUUAUUCGAUGAUAUGUUCCUUGUGAAAGAUGUUGACCCGGAAGGGAAGAAAUUUGAUCGUGUUUCACGUCUAUUCUGCGACAGUGAAUCAUUUAAAAUGGAACUCAUCCUUGAUGUAAACACACAACUAUACCCAAUGAAUCUAAACGAUAAAUUCCGAUUAUUGCUGGCAACAACGCUGCGUGACGAUGGUCUACCAGAUGAACGAGAAUUCGAUAAUCAGACUCAUUAUCCACGAUUAGAUCCAUUCGAAUAUGUAAUGUUUGGGAAAGUAUAUAGAAUUGAAGGAGAAGAAUCGAGUUCUGAAACAAAUACUCUAGCAGCAUACGCGUCAUUUGGUGGCCUGCUGAUGCGGUUAAAAGGUGAUGCGAAUAAUUUGCAUGGUUUCGAACUUGAUUCUGGCAUUUAUUUAUUGAUGAAGAAAGUUGUCUUUUAG